AGCUUUGCGCCCAGCCCCGUGGUUGCUGCAGAAUUACCUCCUCAUUCUGACAUCCUCGCCGUCUGCGUUGUUGAUGAGACCAGCAGGGAUAACAGCUGCUAUUAUUAUUCAACCUUGGAGGGCAGGGGCCAGUGGCGUUCCUGACAUCCCUAUUAAUGAUUGCGCGAUGAUGCUCACAGGUCCUGGUGGCAGCGGAACCUGUGGGCAGAAUCGCCAGGUCGGGAUCUCGGAGACAGAAACGGCUUCGUUUGUGAGGGAGAUGAAGCAGUUUCCAUCCUCAUUGGACGACGAAACCGACCGACCCUUAGAAGGAGGUGAUGUGGAUGUAAAUGCGACGUUGAUGAUUUUUUCGAAUGAUUCAAAGAUGAAUACUUGGUUGGGGUUCAAAUCUGAGGAGGCCUUGUUCCUGAGAGGUAAUGGGUGGGAUGAUAUGAAUAUUCGAGAGAGCGUGGUUGCUGCAUUGGAUCUGGCAGAGGAGCAACUCAGGUGUCAAACGGUCUAUCUGUGCCUAGAAAAGAGCAAUCCUCAUCUUGCAAAAUUGGUCCGCACGUUGAUGUACGCUGGAUUUGAAGUGGUUCAUCCUGGUGUUCUUUCUCAUGCGGACCCCAAGUAUCUGGUGCUUGGCAUGGGGCUAUAACAAGACACUUCAUCGUGCUCGUCUUUUGUCUUUUUGUCUUUUUGCUUCAUUCUCAGUUUUGAUUGUAUAUUUGUUUCGUGUAUAUUUUUAUGAGGUCCCUGUAGAUGCAUUCUUCACGUUGCUUCUGGGAUUGUGCUUUCUAAAAAGUGCGUUGUGUAUUUCUUUCAAGCCUUUUUUUUUUUUUUCUGCCGAU